AUGAGAAAUUCGGCGAUCAUCGCUUUGGCGCUGGCAGCGAUCGUGGGGGCUGACAAAUCAUCUUAUGCCGCUCCCAUCUCUGCCCGACUGACGCUCACAACCGGCUCUGGGGUGGACCUGUUCCUUAAUAUUCAAAAUGGUGCGAUCACCGCGUCGGUGCCUUUCGAUUUGGUCGGCACACUCGAUAUCCAAGUUGAAGAUGCGCUCACUUCGCCCAGCUCUAACGACACAACAGGCCUGGCCUUCUUGGGGGCCGAUAUCGCCCUCUCCGAUCGAACGAUCGACAUUUCAGCCGGAAUCUUUGGAGGCAUAGAAGCGGAAAUCUCGGGGGCUGAAAUCAACUCGCUAUCCAGCAACGGCUACAUCCCCUUGAAUUCAACGAAUGGCUCACUCCCUUUCGAGUACGCAUUCGAUCCGAGCGCAGGCUCGCCCACCGAACUGAGCCUCGACGAAGGGUUAUUCACUUACAUGGGAACCGGGGCGCUUACCGCCUUGAUCGGCUCAGUUACGCUGGACUUCGCGACCAAUCCGAUAAAUGAGGAGCUGGGUCCAGUCGGUCAAAUCGGGAUGGUUACACAAGACAUAAUCAUCAGUGAUGGCGACCGAUUCAUCACGGUGUCCGCUCCGAUCACGUUCGGCGACGCACUGGUAUCCGACCCGGUACAGGUGGACGCAAUGCUUAGUGGAGUGAUUGUGGCCACGGGAAGAUUUUCACUCAUCCCCGAAACUGGCUUCUUCCGACAAUACCUCUUUGCUCACUGGGGCAUUCCGCCGGGCGUGGUGUCUGCGGGAUGCCCUGAGGUUGGUUGUGGAGAGUGGUGCGUGAUGGCGGCGAAGAAAACUUGCGUGUUGGCGUAUUCCGGCGGGCUCGAUACCUCGGUCAUCCUCGGCUGGCUGCAAGACGAAGGUUACGACGUGCAUGCCGUGUACGUCGACUUGGGUCAACCUUGCGAAGACCGCGAGGCCACGCUCACCAAGGCCCGCGAUUGUGGGGCCGCCAGUGCGCGGAUUGUCGACGUGCGGGAAGAACUCUGUCGCGACUUCGCCAUCCCCGUCAUGCAAUGGCAAGCCCGCUACGAAGGCAUCUACCUGCUGGGCACCUCGGUCGCCCGCCCCAUCAUUUCCAAGGCCUGCCUGCAGGUGGCCCGCGAAGUGGGGGCCGACGCCUUCGCCCACGGAGCCACCGGCAAGGGGAACGACCAAUGCCGGUUCCAGCUUGCGGCCGAAGCCCUCGACCCCGACGUGAAAGUGAUCGCCCCCUGGCGGAUCGAAAAGUUCCGCAACCUGUUCCCCGGCCGCACGGAGAUGAUCGCCUUCUGCGAACAGAAGAACAUCCCGGUGAAGGCCACCACCGCCAAGCCAUACAGUUCCGACGAGAACUGCCUGCACAUCAGCUACGAGGCCGGCCGUCUCGAAGAGCUGGACGUCGACGGCUACGAAGUGGUUGACUUCGGCAUGACCGUCUCGCCGCAGGAAGCCCCCGACAAGCCCGAGAAGGUGAAGAUCGACUUCGCCGCCGGGGUUCCGGUUAGCGUUAACGGCAAGAAGUGCACGCCGCUGGAAGCCAUCGAACAGCUCAACGAAAUCGGCGGCCGCAACGGCGUCGGCCGAAUCGACAUCAUCGAAAACCGCUUCGUCGGCAUGAAAAGCCGCGGCGUGUACGAAGCCCCCGGCAUGACCGUCCUCUACGAAGCCCAUCGCCUGAUCGAGCAACUCACGCUCGACCGCGACCUGACGCACCUUCGCGACCGGCUCUCUAUCGAUGUGGCCGAAGACGUUUACUACGGCUUUUGGUACACGGCCAAGAUGGACGCUUUACUGGCCUUCAAUCAACAGGCCCAAAAGGUCGUCAACGGCACCGUCGAGUUGAACCUGUACAAAGGUAACAUUCUGGUGUCAUCCCGCACCAGCCCCAACAGCCUCUACGAUGCGGGCAUCGCCAGCAUGGAAGGCGGCGGCUCCUACAACCAGACCGACGCCGAAGGCUUCAUCCGCAUCCAAGGCCUCCCCUCACGCGUACAAGGCCGCGUAAACCCCAGACCGCUGUAA